GCCAGCCGAGCUCCAGCCCUUAGCGUCUCCGCAUUGGGACUAGGGGCGCCUAAGGUGCAUUUCUGAGCUGUUCUUAGCAGAUUUGCGGCCAUAAUACAUCUUCGAGCCUUUCCUGCCGCCCUUUCGAAGCGCCGGGUUUUGUUCGUUACCUGCUUAUAGCGUCGCUGGCCGUUCCCAACCCGGCUGCGAAAUCUGUCUUGUUCGCGUCUCUCAGCGUGCAGCUCGACUUGGACUCUUUGCCUUGGUCUCGCUCCCAAGCGGCGGCUAAUUAGGCUGUCAAGACCUCACUCGCCUUCUCCAGAGUGACCUUGAAGCUCAUCAAGUUUCAAGGUCUUCGUCGGCCUUAAUCAUGACAACCACAAAGCCGCAGCUGUCGGCCUUGAAGACGCCGUUGUCAGCCUCGUUUCCUUCCGAGAUGCGCAGCCCAUGUGUUGGCACGCCAACGUUUAUAAAGCAGGAGGAGAACCAAAAAACACCCAUUACACCUCCAGCAGCAUAUCUAGACUUCCUCUCAAAGCUCUCACCGACUCUUCUGAGCCCGCUAUCUGCUUCCAACACCCGGUUCAGUUUCAAUGAGAAACCGACACUCUCCUCCCAAUCCUCCACGGAGUCAAUCGUCACUACGGCAUCGUCGGCAUCUUUCACAUCCACUGCGCAAGCGGAUUCUUCAAAACCGUCUUCGCCACGAUCGAAAAGCUCAAGGUCAAGCAGCCUAUCCUCAGCCUCGUCAGAGACGACGAGAAGGAAGCGACCAGAGCCAAUCUCGGCCCCAACAGGCAGAGUCAUUCCACCUCCAUCACCAUUCACGCGUCCUGUAUCGGCACGAACCCCACGGCGGCUACAUAUUCCCCAAAGUCCGUACUCACCUGGGAAUGCACGGUCGCCUCUUAGCGCGUCCUCGUUGUACUCUCCGUAUAGCGCCGCCUGGUCACCACGGGACUCAACUGACGCUGACAAGAGCCGUACAACGCACAUGAGCGUCCGCCAGGUUGUGACGAGGACUAUCACACACUAUUCGCGCACGCCCAUUGUAGAGCCAGUUCCGCCAAGCAAGAAGCGAAAGGUCGAAGCAACCGAUGAAUCUUCAUAGCACCUUACGUAUUGAUCCAAAACACCCAAUCAUCUCGACAUUGCACCCCAGUGUCGUUCGACCCCCACGACACCUUCACGAUCCUGGAGAUGUGAAAGUUAUCCUAAGUGACUCACCGAAGUCUUUGUCAACUGUAUGUUGUCUCAUUUGUAUCGCAUUGCCUCUCCUUAGACUAGGACGAGACCUGAAACCGAUAUUACUCGGGAAUGACUUGAUGACUAUUGGAUGAACGGGCUGAAAAAGCAGUGGUCUUGAUCUCAUUUCGAACGUCAUGUACUUGAUUUCAGGCCGCGGCUUUUGCGAUGCCAACAUUAUACUAUUAAUACAUGGAUCAAGAGAUCAAUUGCGCAUUUGCGUACCUUUUUUUUUUUAAUUUCUGCAUGGAGUUAUGUGGAGCCCAUGAUUGCUCUAUAUCCGGUUCAACUCUUGUCUGGAUAAACCACUUAUGGUGUUGUUCCUGUUUUCACGCCUUUUAGUCUGUCCUUUGUUUUGCAAAGCACACCGACAGUCUUGCGGCGUGACUGAUGCACAUGACUAGUUAGCACCAAGCUUUCUGUGCACGCCGUGCUGUACUAUGCCGUCUCAGCACAUGCAGUCACAGAUCAGGUACUAGGUU